AUGUCACCAAUUACCGAACAAUUCUCAACAAUUUCCGAAAUUUUAUCAAUUUUUAAUUGGACCAAAAAAGAAAAAAUUGGUUCAUCGAAAAAAAACAUCAAAGAUGAUAAUGAUAAGAAGAUCGAUAACUAUGAAAUGACAGCAUUAACAAAAUCAUGUGAAGAGUGUAUUGGUUCAGCUUUACCAUCACAAAUAACAAUGAAUACUUUGGUAGAUUUGAUCGAUCAGACGAUCCAAGAUUCAUGUACUGAAAAUAAUUCACGAGCAUUCAAAAUAAAUUAUUAUUGGAUAUCCGAUUUUUCAACAGUAUUAAUCGUUCCAUGCGAUACAACAUUGAAGGAAUUUAAACAGUAUGCUAUUCAACAAUUUGGUGAAAAACAUUUGGUGGCAGAUGAUUGUGUUGUACUCGCACAUACUCAAAAUUUCGACCUUCUUCGAGAUGUCGUUAGAAUUAAAGAUGCAACUGAAUCAAGAAAUGCUAUACACUUUGUAGGAUUAGUAGUGAUGAACAAAAUAAAAAUUGUAUCUUCUGAAAUCGCGUGGAAAAAUUGUUUGGCAAUGAACAGUAGCGUUGUUGAGGUCACAAUCUUUUCGAAAGAAAUGCAUACUUGA